UGCUGCUGGUGGUGCCGGUUGUUGUGCCGGUGGUGCCAGCAGCAGCAGCAGCGGUGUAGACCUGACGCUGGCGCAGGCGCUGGUGGCGGAGGCGCUGUCCCGCUGGCACCGGCUCGGCACCAAGGCCGACAACGUGAGCGCCGUGGUGGCGCGGCUGUGCCCGUCGGCGGCGUCGCCGGCGCCCCGGCUCGGUGCCGACGGCGCCGCCGGCGCCGUGCUCGUUGCCGGCGGAGGAGGAAUGGUCGCUGGUGGUGGUGGUGGUGGCGCCGUCCGUGCGUCAGCCCUGGCCAGGAGUGGAACCGAGGUUCUACGAGGGCCGGGCACCGAGGAGCUACCCAGCAACAACAGCAGCAGCAGCAACAACAACAGCAACAGCAGCAGCGGCAACAGCAGCAGUGGGAAGUUCACUCCACUGCUGGCUGACCUGGGCUGCAGCCAGGAGGAGAUUCCCAGCAAGCGCAGCCGCAGGAGCGGUCCUCACGAGGGCACCGCCUCAGACUAGCACCUCAGACUAGCGCCGCAGACUAGUACCUCAGACUAGCGCCUCAGACUAGCACCUCAGACUAGCGCCUCAGACUAGCGCCUCAGACUAGCGCCUCAGACUGGUGCCUCAGACUAGCACCUCAGACUGGCGCCUCAGACUAGCGCCUUGGACUAGCGCCUCAGACUAGUGCCUCAGACUAGUGCCUCAGACUAGCGCCUCAGACUGGUGCCUCAGACUAGCACCUCAGACUAGCGCCUCAGACUAGCGCCUCAGACUUGCGCCUCAGCCCAGCGCCUCAGACUAGCGCCUCAGACUAGCGGGGACCCCGGUAGAGGGACCCUGGGA